AUGUCAUCCAUCCAAUCUUAUGGUAGCAAAAACGAUGUGUCGCACGAUUCAGAGAACAUUGGCCGUGUAGAGGCCACUGGCGCUGGCGACGAGCUUAUUAGACUCGGGGAUAAGACGUACUAUAAGCAUGAACUCAUGCUGGCAUUCGGUGGUACUUUGAAUGUAGAAAGGUACGCUCCUUAUCCAAAACACCAAUUUGCCAAUGCUGCAGCCCUUGGACUUGCUGCCUUUGCCUUGACAACUUUUACUUUGGGAUUGUACUAUGCUGGAGCCAUGGGAGUCAAGAUUCCUAAUGUUGUUGUAUCACUCACAUUUUUCUAUGGUGGUAUUGUUCAAUUUUUGGCGGGAGUUUGGGAAUUGGCCAUUGGAAAUACCUUUGCAGGCACGGCAUUUGCAAGUUACGGGCCAUUUUGGUUUGGAUUUGGUUCCAUUUUUAUUGAAAGUUUCGGAAUUUCUGAGGCUUAUAAGGACGAACCGGAGCAACUUGCGAAUGCAAUUGGCUUUAUGCUUGUGGGAUGGUCCAUCUUUACAUUCUUGAUGGUCUUGUGUACUCUCAAGUCCACAGUGAUGCUUUUGGCUUUGUUUGUUACCUUGGAUCUCACAUUCAUCAUUUUGGCUGCGGCGAACUUCACUGGUAAAGCAUCGUGCCAAACCGCUGGCGGUGUCAUGGCAGUAAUCUCGGCGUGCUGUGGGUUCUAUAACGCAUUUGCGGGUGUAGCAACACCUCAAAACUCGUACAUCAGGGCCAACCCAAUCGCACUUCCUGGUUAG